CACGAAUGAAGCUACACUCAUCUGGCUCUUCACCAUCUGAGCUUGGAGCACGGCACAUCUUCUAACAUAGAGAUAUUUAGACAUGCCUAAACAACGCGAUUAUUACAAGGUACUGGGAGUGUCUCCCAGAGCGACACAACAAGAGAUUCGCAAUGCAUACAAAAGAGUCCCUGUCGACUCGCCAGAGAGGGCAGCUCGGACACGCAAGUUUCAGGAGAUCAGCGAUGCUUAUUACACAUUGUCAGAUGUAUCACGCCGACGGGAGUAUGAUGCGAUGAGGAUGGCAGGCGGUGUCGAGGAGGAAGAGGAGGAAGUGCCCCAUGGAGGUGCAGGAGGAUUUCCCUGGUCCGCUUUUGGCUUUGGCACUGGCACUGCUGAUAGUGAGCAACGUGCAAAUGAGCAAUUCGGGUCGGUGUUCGAAGAAAUGCUGCGUGAAGAGGGCCUUGCUAGCGAAGGCACAGAUGCUGACGGUCAGACUCGUUCACACCCGACGUCUCGGUUCUGGUCCGUUGUAGGUGGAAUUAGUGGGGGUGCUCUCGGUUUCAUCGUAGCUAAUGCUCCUGGAGCAUUGGCUGGCGCAGUCGCUGGCAAUCGUCUUGGUGCAGUGCGAGAUGCCAAAGGAAAGAGCGUUUACGAUGUCUUCCUCCAGCUUCCUCAAACAGAUCGAGCAAGGCUUUUGAGUGAAUUAGCAGCCAAGGUCUUUCAGACGACCAUGGGCCCAGCCGGCAUUUAUCCUGCCCUGCAGGACCGCCCCCUCAAGGGCACAAUCUGUCUCUUUGAUGUCGACAAGACGUUAACGCCUGCCCGUGCUAAUGUCACCCCGGAGAUGCUCACGCUUCUCUCUCAGCUGCGUCACAAGUGCGCGAUCGGAUUCGUCGGUGGCUCGAAUCUUCCCAAGCAGCAAGAACAGCUCGGUAGAAACACUACGGACGUCACAACCCUAUUCGAUUUCUGCUUCGCCGAGAACGGUUUGACCGCUUUCCGCCUGGGCAAGCCUCUUCUCAGCAACAGCUUCAUCCAAUGGCUGGGAGAAGAAAAAUAUCAGAAGUUGGUCAACUUCUUGCUCAAGUACAUCGCCAACUUGGAGAUCCCUAAGAAGCGCGGUACCUUCGUCGAGUUCCGCAAUGGCAUGAUCAACGUCAGCCCGAUUGGCAGAAAUGCUAGCACCGAGGAACGGAAGGAGUUUGAAGCGUAUGACAAGAUUCACAACAUCCGCCGCGAUCUUGUCGAUGCGCUUAAGAAGGAGUUCCCUGACUAUGGUUUGAGCUACUCCAUUGGUGGCGAAAUCUCGUUUGACGUUUUCCCGACCGGCUGGGACAAGACUUACUGCCUACAACACGUCGAAGCCGAGAAAGAUAUUACGGGUAUCGAUUAUAAGACGAUCCAUUUCUUCGGUGACAAGACAUUCCCUGGUGGUAACGACUACGAGAUCUACAGUGACCCUAGGACGAUCGGUCACUCCGUUGAGGACCCUGAUGACACCAUGAGACAGUUGAGGGAGCUCUUCCAGCUCUAGGGGAUGAUUUGGAAUACACGAGGGCCAUAAUCGCAUUCAGGGUCCGGAACGGUCAUAUCAGCUAAAUAUCAUCUACUAGCCAACAGGAUUUGGCGUUCUCUAUGAAUAGGACAGCGAAAAAACGUCCUGCAUAUUGCUAUUGUGCCUCUACCUUGGUCGAUCAAUUCCCGUCAUCUGGUCCAUUCAUCUCAUGGCACUUACUUGGUCACGAAAACAGUAGGCGCUGUACCUAAAAGAAAAACCACUAUGCUCAAAAGCACAAGAUGAGGGAGUGACAGUGUAGGUCCGCGAGAAAAUUUCUGACACGGAGUCCAGCUAAUGAUGCCGCAUGCGGAAUUUAUGUUGUAGAUCCGGGUUCCUGAAAUAGAUGUUGUAAGCAGGCCCUUGGAAGCGAAAGGAAUAACCUGUAAAGCAGUGAUUAGAUAGAAUAGAGAAAAUUAUCUUG